GAAGGAAAAUGGAAACAUAAAAAGUGUUCCCCUAAAAGCAAGGCACUCAGAUAGGUGAAAAAGCCAAUUGAAUAAUGGAGUUUGAUACAUCUCCGAUUAAUCGGUGCUCCAAAGAUCAUGAGAAAAUCUAUCAACAAUGGUUUAGUUUAGCCGAUUCAGAUGGAGAUGGACGUCUCACUGGCGGUGAUGCUAUCAAGUUCUUUGCCAUGUCCAAUUUGCCUCGGCAGGACCUCAAGCAGGUGUGGGCAAUUGCAGAUUACAAACGGCAAGGCUUUCUCGGUUUUAGAGAGUUUAUUGCUGCAAUGCAGUUAGUCUCUUUGGCACAAGCUGGCCACCCAGUAAGCAGUGAUCUCUUAAAUGCCGAAGUUGACUUUGAAAAUUUGCAACCCCCUAGCUUGGAAGGUCUGGAUUUACUUCAAACUAAGAAAAAGCGUAUGCCUAAAAGUGAACCUGAGCAGAAUGGCAGUUCUACAGUGCAAUCUUCUGCUACAGCUAAUUGGUUUUCAUCAUCUUCAUCUGUAAAGAAGGUCUCUUUAAGCUCCGUCACAUCGAUAGUUGAUGGACUGAAGAAGUUGUACCUCCAGAAACUAAAGCCACUGGAAGCAACAUAUCACUAUAAUGAUUUCGUCUCUCCAUUACUGACAAAUAGUGAUUUUGAUGCCAAACCAAUGGUGAUGCUUUUGGGUCAAUACUCAACAGGAAAAACUACAUUUAUUAAACAUUUACUUGGAACCAGUUAUCCAGGUCAUCUAACACUCUUUUUUUUCUUGUCCAUGUCUCUUGUUUGUUCACAGCUUCCUGUUGACACUUGUGCUCCUUAUUUGUCUAUAGGUGCUCACAUUGGACCAGAGCCUACAACAGACAGAUUUGUGGUUGUCAUGAAUGGACCCGACGAAAGGAGUAUUCCAGGGAACACAAUUGCAGUUCAAGCAAAUAUGCCAUUUAGCGGUUUGACAACUUUUGGAUCUGCAUUUUUGUCGAAGUUUGAGUGUUCUCAAAUGCCACAUCCUCUGUUGGAGCACAUCACAUUUGUUGAUACUCCUGGAGUUCUAUCAGGAGAAAAACAACGAACACAAAGGAGCUAUGAUUUUACGGGAGUGACGUCUUGGUUUGCUUCUAAGUGUGAUCUCAUUUUUCUUUUGUUUGAUCCUCACAAACUUGAUAUAAGUGAUGAAUUCAAACGUGUGAUUGCGUCUCUUCGAGGCCAUGAUGAUAAGAUACGGGUGGUUUUGAACAAGGCUGACCAAGUUGAUACUCAACAACUUAUGAGGGUUUACGGAGCAUUGAUGUGGUCUUUAGGGAAGGUUCUAAAUACCCCUGAAGUUGCACGUGUCUACAUAGGAUCAUUUAAUGACAAACCAAUAAAUGAGGCUGCUAUAGGGCCAAUUGGAAAAGAACUUUUUGAGAAGGAACAAGAUGAUCUCCUUACAGACUUGAAAAACAUACCAAAGAAGGCUUGUGAUCGUCGUAUAAAUGAAUUCGUAAAACGUGCUAGAGCUGCCAAGAUACAUUCUUACAUUAUCAGUCAUCUGAAAAAGGAGAUGCCAGCAAUGAUGGGCAAAGCCAAGACCCAGCAAAAACUUAUUGAUAACUUGGAAGAUCAAUUUAUGAAGGUUCAAAAGGAACACCAUCUACCAGCUGGGGAUUUUCCUAACGUCGAACACUUCAGGGAAGUUCUGAGUGGUUAUAACAUUGAUAAGUUUGAGAAGUUGAAGCCCAAAUUGAUACAAUCCGUCGAUGACAUGCUUGGUUAUGACAUCCCUGAACUUCUCAAGAAUUUCAGAAAUCCUUAUGAUUGACGAGGUCCAGAGCUGAUAUAGCAUAGAGUAAUUGCUGGCGCCUGGCAGACGUGAUGUUUAUUAUUUUAUGGAUCUUGUAUUCUUAUUCUUACUCCCACAUUGAGACUUGGGAUUAAUAGUGAGUACUGAAGUAAUAUUAUCAUAUGGUAAAUAAGGCUGCAUGUAAAUAUGCAUUAUGAAUUCU